AUGGCAACUUCUUAUAAUCCAUGCACCGCCACUGUUCUCCUCUUCCUCAUCAUUCCUAUUACUACUGCAGUCGCAUCGUUGCAUCUCCCCUCGUUUGAUCUGAGCAGUAACACAAACUACAGCGGCUCAUGGAAGCUCCUGAAGCGCAGCGUCGGCGUCUCGGCGAUGCACGUCGCGCCGCUGCCGCCGACGGACAAGCUGGUGGCGUUCGACCGCACGGAUUUCGGGCGCUCCAAUAUAUCGCUGCCGGCGGGGCGGUGCCGCGACGACGCGCAGGACCAGGCCCUGCCCCACGACUGCACCGCCCACGCCGUCGAGUUCGACCCCCGCGCGCGCGCCGUCCGCCCCCUCACCGUCCGCACCGACACCUGGUGCUCCUCCGGCGCGCUCCUCCCCGACGGCACCCUCGUCCAGACCGGCGGCUUCAACGACGGCGACCGCGCCGUCAGGUUUCUCUCCUCAUGCGAAGACUGCGAUUGGGUGGAGGACUUGGAGGGGCUGUCGGCACGCAGAUGGUACGCCACCGACCACAUACUGCCCGACGGCAGAGUGAUCGUCGUCGGCGGCCGCCGCCAAUUCAGCUACGAGUUUGUGCCGAAGGUCGCUCCCGCCGACCGCACCGUCUUCGCCCUUCCGUUCCUCCGGGCGGCGAAGGACGCCUCGGAGAACAACCUCUAUCCGUUCGUCCACCUCGCCCCCGACGGCAACCUAUUCGUCUUCGCCAACAACAAGUCGGUCCUGCUCGACUACGCCAACCACAGAGUUCUCAAGAACUUCCCCGACAUGCCGGGGGGAGCGUCACGAAACUACCCGAGCUCGGGCUCGUCGGUGCUGCUUCCGCUGAUGACGUUUAACCGAAGCGCGCGCGGUUCAACCGUGAAAGCCGAGGUUAUGGUAUGCGGUGGGGCGCCGCCGACGUCGUACUCCAUGGCGAGCAACGGCACGUUCGCGCCCGCGUCGAGCUCGUGCGGGCGGCUGGCGAUCACCGAGGAGUCGCCGGAGUGGGAAAUGGAGGAAAUGCCGGUCGGGAGAGUGAUGGGCGACAUGGUUUUGUUGCCGACCGGCGACGUGCUGAUCAUAAACGGCGCAGCGAGGGGGACUGCCGGAUGGGGGUUGGGCCGCGAGCCGGUGCUUCAUCCGGUUCUUUAUAAGGUCGGCGGCAUUCGAAGUAACGAGAGUCGGGGAUUCGAGGUGCUGCGGCCGACGACGACACCCCGGCUUUACCAUUCCACCGCCCGGUUGAUGGUGGACGGACGCGUGUUGGUCGGCGGGAGCAAUCCGAACAUCCGGUAUGUGUUCGCCGGUUCGCUCUAUCCAACUGAGCUAAGUUUGGAGGCGUUCUAUCCGCCGUACCUGGACCCGAAGGGGUCUAAAACUCCGCGGCCGAGGAUAACAAGCGUGAAGUCGGAGUGGAAGUACGGCGAAAGGAUUACGAUUGGGUUUCAGAUGAAGGGAGGGGAGGGGGAGGUGGCGGUGACGAUGGUCGCGCCGGCGUUCACGACGCACUCGUUCUCGAUGAGCCAGAGAGUGUUGGUGUUGGAGGCGGCGGCCGUGGUGAAUUGCAGCUCUUCUUCGGGCGGAUUUUGCGCGGCGGAGGGGUUCGCGCCGCCGACUGCCGCGGUGGCGCCGCCGGGGUACUACAUGCUCUUCGUGGUGCACGGCGGGGUCCCCAGCGGAGGGAAGUGGGUUCAUGUAGAGUAG